AUGAGCCUUUGUUCCGACUUUCAUAAACCGUUACGCCACAACGUGAUGACAAUUUGCUGUCCCAGCAGCAGCGCAGUGGAAACGCCGCCCAUGGAGAACUCUCGCCCACAGCCGCCAAUGUCGGCUGUGCAGCAGCAGAAGCUUCGAGAGGCGUACAGCUCGCCCAUGCGUCCGUCACAGUACACGCGCACUCCCGAGGACGGCGAGAAAGCGAAGGAGACUCCGCGUGAGGCUGCUGCUCGGCGUGAACGCGAACGUGUGAGCAUGGAACAGGUGCUGCUGGACCGCCGCUGGGUCUUCCACUGCGCGUCUCCGCUCUUCCAUUUCCACCACGAACAGCUCAGCGAAUACGCGCAUGAUCUGGUCAAGAUAUUACGCGCUGCAGCGCUUCGGGCGUGCGGACAGCAGUUCGGUUACAGCGUGAGUAUCCGAAACACGGAUGCGUUCGUGGCCUUCCAGAUCCGCGAGGAGCGCGAUGGACGUUUCAGCAGAGAGAAAAAGAAAGAGAUGCGUCGGGAACGCUCUGGAGGCUUCGUGCUUUACUUUCCGACAGAUGAGGAGCAACGCGCGCCGCGGAAAGGACGCGAGAAACAGCAGGUGCUGCUAUUGAGAGGAGACGAAGAGCUGCUGCGCUGGGUCUGCUCGUGGCUGCAGCGCCGCUUUCAGUGUGUGGUAAGCACACACGUCGUGCACAUACAACAACAGAACCUCAAAUGCUUGGCGCGUAACUGGGUCGUGGCAAGUUUGUUGGUAGAAGGAGCGAGACGGUCGAGUGUUGUAAAUAACCAAGAAGAAGAGGAGCACGUGUCCACGCAAGAGCCGCCGCGGGCCCCGUUGCAGCUGAAGUACCGUGCUACUAAGGAAGAGGAUGUUGUGCGUACAUACACAAUGACCGUGCCCUGGGCCACACUGCGCCGCCUCUUCCAGCAGACGAAAGACGGACCAGGAGGCAAUCGACCGUCCAAUUAUGUGCCAGAGCUUAUCGAGCUGGUAGAGCGACUCUACAUUGACUCGUUGCCAUUUGAUCUUUCCACUUAUGAGAUAGAACGAGUCGAGAUGCAGGAAGUGGCUGUUGACUUGGAUGGAGGCGUUGAGCUCUACAGCAUGGACCUUGUGCACACAGUAUUAUUCAGUCUGCUAGAGCUACUGGCUGUGCAGAAUGUUGCCACGACUUCCCGUCCAGAGACGACGCUGUGA